CAAUCGUUCAUUUUUGUUCACCUACAUAGAUAAUGUCGAAGUCGUAUGGAAUAUAUUUCUAUGGCGCGUUCAACAUUUUAUAAAAUAUAAUGUUUUCGUCAUAACGAUAACAUUUAACAUAGUAAUUUUAUUAUAGUUUCUCUUCUCUUUUGAGUAUAUUGUAUAUAACGUUUUAUAGUGAUAACAACGUGUACUUGACAUUUUGCUGAUAAUCUUCUUUUAGGUUAUGUUAACGAGCUCGUAUUUAUUGUAUAAAUUAUAUAAACAAUGACCGAGGGAGAAACUGAGAAUAAUUGUCGGGUCGUAGGUAUACCAUACCCGUUUACAAAACGGAAAGUAGAAUGUGCAGGUGGUGCGUUCCUUCGAUAUUAUAAUAUAAAAUGUCACGGUGAGGAUACAUUAUUGUUCACAUCAAAAUCAAAAGAUAAGGCCGAAGAAAUAGUGUUUGAAGACGAUGUUGAAUAUCUCCGAAGCCUAGAUCCCAAGGAGUGGAAGAAGCAAGAUCAUUACGCCGUUUUAGGUAUUAAAAAGUUACGUUACGAAGCUACGGAUGAUGAUAUUAAACGUGCCUACCGACAGAAGGUGCUGAAGCAUCACCCGGACAAGCGCAAAGCGCUGGGCGAAGAGGUAAGAAGUGACGAUGACUAUUUCACAUGCAUUACUAAAGCCUACGAAAUUCUUGGGACACCAAAAAGUAGACGAUCUUAUGAUUCUGUUGACCCCGAGUUUGAUGAUUCUGUACCGACUUCGAGUGAAGUUAAAAAAGACGGAUUUUUUGAAACUUUUGCCAAGUACUUCGAAAUUAAUGCUCGUUGGUCAGAGAAAAGGAAUGCACCUCUAUUGGGUGAUGAAAACAGCCCCCGUGAAUUUGUUGAAAAGUUUUACUCAUUCUGGUAUGAAUUCGAUUCUUGGCGUGAGUUUUCUUAUUUAGAUGAAGAAGAAAAGGAAAAAGGGUCUGACAGAGAAGAACGUAGAUGGAUAGAGAAACAAAAUAAGGCAGCUCGUGCAAAACUAAAAAAAGAAGAAAUGGCAAGAAUACGUAGUCUUGUAGAUUUAGCAUAUGCAAAUGACCCCAGGAUACAGCGCUUCAAACAAGAAGAUAAAGACAAGAAAUUAGCUGCUAAGCGUGCUAGACAGGAUGCAAUACAAGCUAAAAAAGCGGAAGAAGAAAGAAUAAUUAAAGAGGCACAGAUUGCCAAGCAGAAGGCAGAGGAGGCAGAAAGAGCAAGAUUAGAUGCAGCAAGAGCUGAGAGGGAACUCAUAAAGAAGAACCUGCGUAAGGAGAGGAAGACAUUUAGAGACCUAUGCAAAGCUAAUAAUUACUAUGCUGAAAAUGAUGAUGAGACUGUGUCACAUAUGGCAGCAGUUGAGAAAAUUUGUGAAAUGUUGAAAACUGUUGAAUUGCAGGAUUUAACAAAAGAUUUGGAAGUUACUGGUCGAGAGGCAUUCCUCAAUGCAGUUAAAGACUCUGAAGACAAACUUGAAGCAGAACGUAGGGCUUUAUUUGAAACAAAGAAGGCAGAAGAGCAGAAAAUAAAAAAAAAUGCAGCAUUAAAAGCUCCUCUAGAGUGGUCUGUCGAUUCAACACAGUUACUUAUUAAAGCUGUAAACCUGUUUCCUGCUGGUACAAACCAGAGGUGGGAUGUAGUUGCCAAUUUCUUAAAUCAACAUGGAACAUUUACAGAUGAUAGACGAUUUAAUGCAAAGGAAGUUCUGAAUAAAGCUAAGGACUUGCAGAGUUCAGAUUUUUCAAAGAGCAGUCUUAAAAAAGCAGCAAAUGAGGAAGCCUUCGAUCAGUUUGAAAAAGACAAAAAGAAAGUUGUUAAUGUUGUUGAUGACAAUAGUAUUUCAAAGAAUGAUACUCCUAAGCUAGUGAAUGGUACAGCUCGACCAAAAAUUAAUGGUGAUGUUAAAGAGAAAGAAGUUAAAGAUGAAAAGCCAUGGACAAAAACUGAGCAGGAACUUUUAGAGCAAGCCAUUAAAACAUUCCCAGUGAGCACACCAGAGCGAUGGGAUAAAAUUGCAGAUUGUAUUCCAAACCGAUCCAAAAAAGACUGCAUGAAAAGGUACAAGGAAUUAGUUGAAUUAGUUAAAGCCAAGAAACAAGCCGCCAAUAUAUCUAAAUAACAUUUAAUAACAGCAUUAGUUCACUAUCAAAUUAUAAAUGACAAUUUCAACAAAGCUAAAAAUAUCUGCACAUUGAAUUAUUUCAACACUUCAAAAUAAAGAAAGUUCAGCAUAUAAUAUGAUUUUACAUAACGACACCUGCAAUU